UUUCUAUUUCUCUCCAACUAAGUUAACCUAUCACAUUCAAAUCCAAACUACUUUGUGUGUUUAGUUGAGCUGUGAACCACCGCCACCGUGAGUUUAGAGUCCUCCCACCGCGAUUUUUAAAAGCUACAAUAGGUGGUUUCUUGUCCACUGUUAUUUUCUACCGUGAUUUUUGUGUUUUCCGAACAACAUCUUUGUCAUAAAUCCAAACUCACCAUGCUGAAAAAACUCUCUAAGACUUUCAAAAAUAAACACAGACCAAGACCAGUUCUUCAACCUCCGCCUCCGCCUCCACCACCUCCUCCUCCUCCUCCGCCUCCACCAACACCGCCACCUCCUCUCACUCCUCCUCCACAUCCACCAUCGCCACCACCUCCUCCUCUCACUCCUCCUCCACAUCCACCAUCGCCACCACCUCCUCCUACCCCUCCUCCACCUUCACCACCACUACCUUCUCCUCCAAGGCAACCAAAUACUCCUUUUCUUUUCCCUCAAGCAAACUCCACUAUUCUCCCCGACCCUUCCAACUUCUUCUCUCCAAAUCUGCUAUCCACACCCCUCCCUACAAACUCUUUCUUCCAAAACUUUGUUCUACAAAAUGGUGACACACCUGAGUACAUUCAUCCUUACCUCAUCAAAUCCUCAAACUCAUCUCUCUCCAUCUCGUACCCUUCUUCCACCUCCAACUCUUCUUUCAUAACACAAGCCUUCAACCCUGAUAUCACCAUUUCUUCUUCCAAUAAAACCAACCAAGACUCACAUGAGAGACAUGUGAUCUCUUCCUUCAGUGAUCUCAGUGUCACAUUGGACAUUCCCUCUUCUAAUCUUAAAUUCUUCCUUGUAAGAGGAAGCCCUUUCGUGACAGCAUCAACGACCGGUCGAACACCACUUUCCAUCACCACGAUACAUUCCAUCCUUUCAUUCUCAUCAAAUAACUCCCUCACCAAACACACCUUGAAACUCAACAAUAGCCAAACAUGGCUAAUAUACACGUCCUCGCCGAUCAGUUUCAAUCAUAGCCUUUCUGAGAUUACCUCAGAAGGCUAUUCUGGCAUAAUAAGGAUGGUAGUGUUGCCUGAUUCUGAUCAAAAGUACGAGGCAAUCCUCAACCGAUUCAGUUCUUGUUACGCUACUUCUGGCAAUGCAGCGUUCACAAAACCAUUCUGUGUGGAAUAUAAAUGGGAGAAGAAAGGUUGGGGAGAACUGUUAAUACUUGCUCACCCAGUUCAUCUUCAACUUUUGUCUUCUAGUGAUUGUGAUGUAACUGUUCUUCAUGAUUUGAAGUAUAGAAGCAUUGAUGGUGAACUUGUUGGCGUUGUUGGAGACUCAUGGCUAUUGAAAACUCAUCCUGUUUCUGUUACAUGGCAUUCCACAAGAGGUAUCAAAGAAGAAUUCUAUGAAGAAAUUUGUUCAUCACUUUCUGAAGAUGUGGAUGCUUUAAAUUCCUUAGGAAUAAGGACAACAUCAUGCUAUUUUUAUGGUAAGAUAAUAGCAAGAGCAGCAAGGUUGGCAUUGAUAGCUGAAGAAGUGCAUGACCUCGAAGCCAUACCGGCUAUCAGAAGAUUCUUGAAGGAAACAAUUGAGCCAUGGUUGAAUGGAACUUUUAGUGGAAAUGGUUUUCUCUAUGAUGGAAAAUGGGGAGGAAUUGUUACCAAACAAGGGUCUCAAGAUUCAGGUGCAGAUUUCGGGUUCGGUGUUUAUAAUGAUCAUCAUUAUAAUUUGGGCUACUUCCUCUAUGGAAUUGCAGUUCUUGCAAAGAUUGAUCCAGCAUGGGGAAGGAAGUAUAAACCUCAAGCCUAUUCACUUAUGGCAGAUUUCAUGAACUUAGGAAGAAGAACAAACUCGAAUUAUACGCGAUUAAGAUGUUUCGAUCUCUAUAAAUUUCACUCAUGGGCCGGAGGGCUAAUCGAAUUCGCAGACGGAAGAAAUCAAGAGAGUACUAGUGAAGCUGUGAAUGCAUAUUAUGCAGCAGCAUUGAUGGGAAUGGCAUAUGGUGACACUCAACUUGUAUCCAUUGGAUCAACAUUAGCAGCAUUGGAAAUUCAUGCAGCACAAAUGUGGUGGCAUGUAAAAGGAGGUGAUAACAAACUCUAUGUUGAAGAAUUUUCCAAAGAGAACAAAGUGGUGAGUGUUGUAUGGUCUAACAAAAGAGAUAGUGGACUAUGGUUUGCACCUGCUCAAUGGAGAGAGUGUAGACUUGGUAUUCAAGUUUUACCUUUGUUGCCUAUAACUGAGGCUUUGUUUUCAGAUGUUGGUUAUGUUAAGGAGCUUGUGGAAUGGACAUUAGUUAAUUUGAAUAGGAAAGGUGUUGGUGAAGGGUGGAAAGGUUUUAUAUAUGCUAUGGAAGGUAGUUAUGAUAAAGAAAGUGCAUUGGAAAAGGUGAGAGGGUUGAAAGGUUUUGAUGAUGGAAACUCAAUGACUAAUCUUUUGUGGUGGAUUCAUAGUAGAGAUGAUGAUGGUGAGGAGGAAUUUGGUCAUGGAAAACAUUGCUGGUUUGGAUAUUACUGUCAUUAAGUUGUGAUUGUAAUUGAUUUUAAUCAGUCUUUAAUCCAAUCUUAUGUCAGUGUCUAAGUGUUAAUGUUAAUAUUGAUGAUUUGAGCCGUUGAAAAGAGAAUGUUAAGCAACAUAUUUGUUAGAGUAUAGAGUUGAGUGUUGAUUGGUUCAACUACAGUUAAUUUUCAGUCUCUUACAAUUA